AUGAUGAUGCAAUCCCUGCGCUGCCAUCCGGCCAUCCUGCGCCAUUCGACGCUCAAGCUGCAGCAGCGCUGCCCCAGGAGGGCCGGGGCGAUCAGGGCAUCCGCACAUGACCAGCUGCUGGCGCCUCGCACCCGGGAUGCCAAGGUGGCAUUCGUGGAUCAGCUGCUGGCGGCAAAGGCAGCCAGCGGCAAGACUUUCGACGAGAUAGCGGUUGACAUAGGGUGCACCAAUGCCUACACGGCGCAGCUCUUCUUCAACCAAGCCCAGCUGAAGCCCGAUACGGCUGCAAAGCUGAAGGCAGCAGUGCCGCAAAUCAGCGAGGAGGCGCUGGCUGUGAUGCAAAAGGCACCCAUGCGCAGCUUCGACCCAGCGAUUCUGGAGGAACCAUUGAUUUACCGCAUGAUUGAGGCCAUCAAUCACUAUGGCGAGGCCUUGAAAUGCCUAGUGAACGAACAAUUUGGUGACGGCAUCAUGAGCGCCAUCGAUUUCUACGUGACGGUGGACCGCAUCACGGGCAAGCAGGGCGAGGCACGGGUGGCCAUCACCCUUAAUGGCAAGUUCCUGCCCCACGUGGAGCAGCGUGCAGAGGACAACACGGCAGCUACAGGGCAGAAGGGUGCCUGA